GAAGAAGCGUGACAGGGUCGAGUACCUGGUGAAGUGGCGCGACCUUCCGUACGAGCAGGUGACGUGGGAGACGCUGGACGACAGCUGUGUGCACAACUUCCAACGCUACGUCGAUCGCUUCAAGCAGCACAAAGAACAUAUCCAUGCUAUGGAAGAAGAAUUGGCGGAGCCAAAGAAGAGCAAGAAGAGAGACAAGAAGAAGAAGAAGCAGGAAGGACCGCUGCUGAGCAACCUGAAGAAGAAGGCGGAGGUGCAGCCGGAGUACAUCACGGACACUGGCGGGAAGCUGCACCCCUACCAGCUGGAGGGUUUGAACUGGCUUCGUUUCUCGUGGGCGCAAGGAACCAACACCAUUCUCGCAGAUGAGAUGGGUCUCGGUAAGACCAUCCAGACGAUCUCCUUCCUCUACUCGCUGUACAAGGAGGGCUUCUCCAAUGGGCCGUUCCUCGUCAGCGCGCCCCUGACGACCAUCAUCAACUGGGAGCGAGAGUUUGAGUUCUGGGCGCCAGACAUGUACGUCGUGACCUACACUGGGGUCAAGGACAGCCGGCAGGUCAUCAGGGAUUGGGAGAUGUCGUUCAGUGAGAAUGCACUGCGGAGGAACAGCCGAGGCCCCGGCAGCCUCAAGAAGGGCAUGCAGGUGAAGUUCCACGUGCUGCUGACGUCGUACGAGCUGAUCUCCGUCGACCAGGUAAUGCUCAGCUCCAUCGACUGGAAGGUCCUGGUCGUCGACGAAGCCCACCGCCUCAAGAACAACCAGUCGCUGUUCUUCCGCGUGCUGAGCCAGUAUCAUAUCGACUACAAGCUGCUGCUGACGGGAACACCGCUACAGAACAACUUGGAGGAACUCUUCCACCUGCUGAACUUCCUCAGCCCCGAGGAGUUCACGCACCUCGAUGAGUUUCAGAACGAGUUUAGCGACCUCGCGAAGGAGGACCAGGUGAAGAAGCUGCACGACCUGCUCGCGCCCCACCUUCUGCGUCGCCUCAAGUCAGACGUGCUCAAGGACAUACCGGCGAAGAGCGAGAUGAUCGUGCGCGUCGACCUCAGCCCGCUGCAGAAAAAACUGUACAAGUACAUAUUGACGCGGAACUUUGAGGGCCUCAACGCGAAGGGAAGCGGCAGCAACACGUCGCUGCUCAACAUCAUGAUGGACCUGAAGAAGUGCAGCAACCAUCCGUACCUCUUCGCUUCCGCCGCCAGCGAGGCACCGCACAUGUCUAACGGCGCCUACGAGACGACGGCGCUCAUCAAGGCGUCCGGCAAGCUGACGCUGCUCUGGAAGAUGCUGAGGAAGCUGAAGGAGAAGGGUCACCGCGUGCUCAUCUUCUCGCAGAUGACGCGCAUGCUCGACAUCCUCGAGGACUUCCUCGACGGAUGCUCGUACAGUUACGAGCGGCUAGAUGGCAGCACUGCGGGACAGGCGCGUCAGGAGGCGAUCGACAGGUUCAACGGCGUCAACGCCAACCAGUUUGUCUUUCUGCUGUCGACCAAGUCUGGAGGCCUCGGCAUCAACCUGGCGUCUGCCGACACGGUUGUGAUCUAUGACUCGGACUGGAACCCCCACAACGACAUCCAGGCGUUCAGCAGAGCCCAUCGUAUCGGCCAGUCGAAGAAAGUCAUGAUAUAUCGGUUCGUCACGCGAGGAUCGGUCGAGGAGCGCAUAACGGAGGUCGCCAAGAGGAAGAUGAUGCUGACGCAUCUCAUCGUGCGUCCGGGGCUCGGCGGCGGCGGAGGCCAGGGCAAGGACGCGCGUCUCAGCAAGAAGGAGCUGGACGACAUCCUCAAGUUUGGCACGCAGGAGCUGUUUAAGGAUGACGAGUGUAAGGAAGAUGAGGGAUCGAUCGUCUACGACGACAAGAUCAUCGAGGAACUGCUGGAUCGCACCAAGACGGAGGUCGUCGAAGAAACCGACAAGGACCUGCUCGCUAACGAGUACCUCAGCUCGUUUAAGGUUGCCACUUACGUGAUGAAGGGAGCCGGUGAGGAGGUGACGGAGGAGGAAGUUGAGAAGGAGGUGCUGAAGCAGGAGUCGGAGUCGGCCGAUCCGCAGUACUGGGAGAAGCUGCUGAGGCACCACUACGAGCAGGCGCAGGAGGAGGAGGGAAAGAAGCUGGGCAAGGGCAAGCGCGAGCGCAAGAAGGUCAACUACUACCAGACGAACGAGUACGGUCACAUCGGCCGUGAUGACCCGGACUGGCAGGAGGAGCUUUCCGAGCUCUCCGCGGGCUCGGACGACGAAGAGGAUGACCCGGACUCCGUCGAGGGUCGCUCUCGCAAGCGCAUGCUCGACGGCAAGGACCGGCCGAUGCCGCCGCUUCUCGCGCUCGUCGGCGGCCAGGUGGAGGUGCUCGGCUUCAACGCGCGCCAGCGCAAGGCGUUCCUCAACGCGGUGAUGCGCUACGGCAUGCCGCCGGCCGACACGUUCAACUCGCAGUGGCUCGUGCGCGACCUGAAGGGCAAGCCGGAGAAGUUCUUCCGCGCGUACGUGUCGCUGUUCAUGCGGCACCUGUGCGAGCCGGGCGCGGAGAACGCGGAGACGUUCGCGGACGGCGUGCCGCGCGAGGGACUCUCACGGCAGCACGUGCUGACGCGCAUCGGCAUCAUGUCGCUCAUACGCAAGAAGGUCGCCGAGUUCGAGGCGAUCAACGGCGCGGCGAGCAUGCCCCCGCGCGAAGGAGACGUCGCUGCCGUAGCCGCCGCCGCCCUCGAGACGACGAAGGCGGCGGCGCUGCGCCGCGAGCUGCGCGACGACCUCAAGAUCGCCUCGGCAUCUGCCGCCGUGGACGAGGAGGGCGGCGCGGGGAAGAAGGCCGGGGAGGAGGGAGGAGGGGAGGCGAAGAAGGAGACGGCAGAGGGAGAGAAGGGCGCUGAUGAGCAGAAGGUUGAGGUAGAGGGUAAGGUCAAAGAGGGGGAGGCAGCGGAGGUGGGCAAAGCGGAGGAGGUUGCCGACAAGAAAGACGGCGGAGAGGAUGCCGGGAAAGAGAAGCCCGAGAAGGAGGAGGCGGGGAAAAGCUCGGAGGAGGAGAAAGGCGUGCAGGAGCAGGAGGGUUCUGAGAAAAGCGCAGAGAAGGAGAGCAGCAUAGCAGAGAAAGACGAUAAGAUGGAGGUGGAAGAGACAAAAAUUCCAGAUGAGACUGAGAAGGAAUCGAAAGCUGAUGAGAAAGACGAGCGCGGAGAAGCGCCCACAGAAGGAGAUGUGCCUCCUAAAGAGAAAGACGAAGCAGAGAAGAAGGACGAGAAAGAGGUGGAGAAGAAGGAAGAAGGAAUAGAAACUGCAGAAACGAAAGACGAGGUCGUAGUGGAGAAGAGCGAGGAAGUUGCCGAGAAAAACGAGGAAACGAAGGACGACGAAACCUCAGAGAAGAAGGAAGAAGAAACUGUACAAAAGGAGGAGGAAGGAGCACAAGAGAAGGACGAGAAAACGCCGGAAAAGGAUGAAGAAAUCGCACAAAAAAAGGACGAGAAAACACCGGAAAAGGAUGAAGAAACCGCACAAAAAAAGGACGAGAAAACACCGGAAAAGGAUGAAGAAACCGCACAAAAGAAGGAUGAGAAAACACAGGAAAAGGAUGAAGAAACCGCACAAAAGGAGGAAGAGAAAGAUGUGGGCAAGAAGGAUGAGCAAACCGCACAAAAGAAAGAAGAUGAAGCGGUGGAGACGAAGGAUGAAGAAUCGGCACAAAAGGACGGAGCCAACGAACCGGCGGACGCCGACAAAGAGGACAAACCCAAAGACUCUGAGAAGAAACCGGAAGAAGCGAUCAUCAAAACAGAAGGCAAACCCGCCGAGGGAGAGGCAAAGAAGUCCGACGAGACCACCAACGAAGCGAAGGAGGAGAAAGCCGAGGGCAGCGCGGCGGCGGCGGCGGCGGCGACGACGAAGGAAGCCGGGAAGGCAGAGGAGAAGGCGUCGACGACGAAGAGCGAGAUGAAGGAGCCGGAGGCGCCGGCCGCGAAGAAGGAGUCUAAGAAGGGCGCUCGCUUUGCGUUCAACAUCGCCGACGGCGGCUUCACGGAGCUGCACACGCUGUGGCAGAACGAGGAGAAGGCGGCGGUGCCGGGCCAUGAGUACGAGAUCUGGCACCGCCGGCACGAUUACUGGCUGCUCGGCGGCAUCGUCACGCACGGCUACGCGCGCUGGGCCGACAUCUGCACCGACCACCGCCUCGUCAUCAUCAACGAGCCGUUCAAGUCACGCUUCGGCGGCGCCAGCAACAUGCUCGACAUCAAGAACAAGUUCCUCGCGAGGCGAUUCAAGCUGCUGGAGCAGGCGUUAGUCAUAGAGGAGCAGCUGCGUAGAGCCGCCUAUCUCAACAUCUCUCAGGAUCCCAACCAUCCGGCCAUGGCGCUGAGCGCCCGGUUCGCGGAGAUGCAGUCGCUGGCGGAGUCGCACCAGCAUCUGUCGAAGGAGUCGCUUGGCGGGAACAAACCGGCUAACGCCGUCCUGCAGAAAGUGCUCAACCAGCUCGAGGACCUGUUGAGCGACAUCAAGAACGACGCGCAGAAGCUGCCGGCGACUCUCGCCAAGGUGCAGCCUGUCACGCAGCGGCUGCACAUGUCCGAGCGAAACAUACUCUCCAAGCUGGCCACGCAGUCGCCGCCGCCGCCCGCGACAACGACGACGACGUCCGCCGCCGCCACCACCACCACUGGCGCCACUGCUGCCACGUCGUCAGAGAGCUCCAGCUCGCCCACGGCAGGGCCGUUCCUGCAGGGCACCGCGAAACCCGUGCAAACCACGAGAACACAUUCCCCGGAGACUUCCGGAAGUGCGGCCGGUAGGUGUCGCAACGCGAUGCAGCGUCCGUCUGUUUUCGUAGUAACCGGGUGACAGCGGAGCCGCCGGCACAAGGAGUCUGACGUCUGUAGGAAC